AUGGGGGAUGGGAGCGCAUCUCCAGAACCCGACCGAUUGAGUGAUCAAUCCUUGACUCCUCCUCUUAAUUUCAGUAAUGAAGCAGGGACCUCUGACCCAAGGUCCAACUUGCUGAAAAAUCCCAGAGCUGAAGACGCACUUGAAGGAUGGGAGAUUGUACAGAAUGGGGGUGACGGCUGGGUGCCAGAAAACAAUAGGACACCACAUCCAGAUGACACGGUCACCAAAUGUUUUAUAACAUCUUACGGGUUAUGUUUGAAGCGACAGCUCAUUGAUUUGAAGGAAAAAGGCUUCAGUGAUGCUUUCAUGGAUCUGCAACCUCAUAUCAAAAUAACAGACUGGUAUACCCCUCGCGCUGACUGUGGGAGUGAGUAUCAGAUCUGUGUAGAGCUGCUCGAUCAGGGGAAAAACCCCAUCAGAACCUUUCAGCCUGAGAACGUUCGCUUUCAUUAUGGGAAUGGUGAGCCGUGGUGUCAAAUGACCCACGUCUUUAAAGAUUAUGGCCCUGGUGUUCGGUUUAUCCGCUUCACUCACGGUGGGAACGAUAUACAGUUCUGGAAAGGCUGGUAUGGAAUACGGGUCACUAACAGUAGUGUGGAGAUCUGUCCACCUCCAGUGAGGUAG